AAAUAAACCGAGCGCGCGAGUCAAAUUCACUUUGCCGCACCACCCACAGGAGGAGCGCGCGCCCAAUUGAAUCAACGCUCGCCGCCGCUUUUGGAAGCGACGUUCACUUGAGUCCCCGUGGGUACACCGCUCUUUUCUCUCUGCCUUACUCUAUAUACCCACUAGUCCACCUCUGAAAGGUACAGACCCCUAAAGAGGAGAAGAAAACGAAGGGAGGGGAAGGGAGAAACGGGAGAGACUGCAGUUGGUGCAUGGCAUGAAGACGCGACUGUUGGGGACCCGGCUGAGCAUGGCACAUUAUGCCAGGAUCUGAACUGAAACGGAGACCGGGUUUGGGCUCAUAGAUAUGGGUGUUAAUAAUAAGAAACCCCUGAGUCUGCAGGAGUAAAGGGCUAGAAAUGUGCUUGAUGUCGUUCGGCGUGACGCUUUUGGAUGCGCAAUUCUGGAUGGGAUGAAACCGCGUAGCCGGGGGCCAAAUCUAGGCGCUUAACGUGAGACCACCGAUCUGAGCUCCCCAGAGCUGCGUUAAACCACAUCUCCUGCCCCUCGACCACAGAAAGUUUCGCGAUGGCUCUCGUCAUGGAACCUGUUAGUAAAUGGAGCCCCAGUCAAGUUGUGGAUUGGAUGAAGGGCCUGGAUGACUGCUUGCAGCAGUAUAUAAAGAACUUUGAACGGGAGAAGGUAGGAGGUGACCAGCUGCUGAGGAUCACCCAUCAGGAGCUGGAGGAUCUGGGGGUAUCCCGCAUCGGACAUCAGGAGCUGAUCCUGGAAGCUGUGGACCUGCUGUGCGCUCUGGUGAGAGUCUUCACGCUCAUUUAUGCGCUUGAUCCUUCAUCUGCUGUUCAACACCCCGUCAGCUGGCGGCCACCGAGUCCCCUACUACACCAUGUUCACAGAGAUUCAUUCUGA